AUGCGUGUUGAGUGUUAUCGACAAUAUUUUUCGGGGAUUCCUCUUGAUUCUUCACUGCGGCAUACUCCAAUCUCAAGUGAUAUCCUUGUUCUACUUCUUGGAUUCCCAGUUUUAUUUGAAAACGGUUCUCGAAUACAGCGCUUUCGGAGUUUCGUUGCUUCAGAACGUGGCCUGGGCAACGGUAGUAGCGACGGCGAGCUGUGCGGCAACGCUGGCUGGCAACGGAACGUCCACACGGGCAGCCGCGAUGCUGCUGGCCAGCGUUCGGGGCAUGCCUUGCCUCGAGAGGCAGGUGCAAUUGUUGCUGCUUCAGAUGACGUCCCCGUGCAGUUUACUGUUGGCGGGUUGUUCAUCCUGGAUAUGAAGUUCUUGCUGAGUCUGAUGGCUACUACUGUGGGAUACCUUCUGAAAAUGCCUAUGUUAUGUCUCAAAGGAGAUGAUCAUUCUAAUACAGUGUUGAAAACCCUAGAAAAUCUUUUGGAAAGCAAUGUUUUGGUAGACUGUACUCUGGCAGCUGGAGGACGAUUUCUUAAGGCUCAUCGAAUCAUUUUGUCAUCAUGUAGUCCUUACUUUCAGUUACUAUUUUCUCAAGAUACGAAUCAACAACCCAUUAUUGUGUUUAAAGAUAUUGAAUACAAAUAUUUGAAGAUGAUUUUAGAAUAUGUGUACCAUGGUAGUGUGCAGAUACCUCACACACAGCUCAAUACUUUCUUGGACGUAGCAAAUUCACUGCAGAUCAUUGGUUUGGACACUAGGGGCAGAGAACUUCUUUCAGAAGAAAGUGGUUCUCAAAUUUUUGAUUGUAAUAUGAAAGGAAUAACAACUCCAAUAUUACAGCAGUGCUCUGAAGAUGAAUCUGACUCCAAAUUUAUGAAUAAAAUUAACCCUGGUUAUGUUACCAAUUUGGGUCCAACACCUGCUCCAGUACAAGCAGAUGUACAUACUCUUGAUAGUACUUCUACUAUUCACAUCCAGUCAGUGUAUUCCCUGACAUCUGAGUCAACAUCAAUACCAGAUAAUUUAGUGCCUGAAGAUUCUGUGAAAUCUACUUUUGAGGUUGCAAAUUCCAAGUGUGAUAUUAAAGUAGAACCUCUGACUCAAAAUAUAAAUCGUAAUGGAGGUGCGAUUGACACGACAGAACAAACAACUAUGAGCUCAAGGAACAAAUAUUCUCCUCCUGAAGAUAGUGCUCAAGUUGGGCAGAUAAAUUCACGUGAAAAUUUGGACACUGCAAAUGCGUCUGUCUCAAAUCGGAGCUCAAAAAAUAAACAUCCUUAUCCUGACAGUCUCACCCAUCCUGAGCAAUUAAAUUUAGAAGAAAAUUGUGGAAUAGAACCACUAAUAGGCAAAGGGGUCAGGAUCAAGCGUGUGAGAAAAAAUCCCUUUUCAUCAGACUUGGAAACUCAAGUAGCAAAAGCAAACGAUAAAUUGUUGAUUAAAAAUGCAAGUGGUACAACUGAGCAAGUGAAUAACACCGAGGCACAUCAUUAUCCUGAAAGCAUUUCUCUUCCAACAAAAGCGAGUACAAAUGAGAUCAGGGUAAGGAAUGCAACUAAUCCAUCUGAAUUGGCAAGCUCUGUCAAUGGUGUGAAGAGCUCUAAACAAACAACAAACUUGCCUGAAUGUGUUGUUCAAGCAGAGCGAAUAGUCAUUGAUAAAUAUUUCGAAGGAAAUUUAUCUUCAACACAACAAAGAAAGGUUUCAAAAUUCAGAGUGCUACAUCCAAGAAGAAAACAUUCUGAAAAGAGCCACACUAUCAAGGAGGAAAAGAGCAUAAGAGUGCCUGUCAAAGAAGAGAAAGAAGGAAACAAAGUCAAACAAGACGACCAAGAGGAAAAGGCUGCAAAGUUUGCUUCUGCGCAUGACCUCAAUCUUCCUGUUUCCACAAAAGUUACCAUAAUACCUGCUGGCUCAGGGAUCCAAAAAACUGAAGGGAAACGAAGCAGAAGUAACAGCAGCCUGGAUGAAAAAUCGGAUGAUAAUGGAGAAGAAAAGGUUGCAAAGUUUGUUUCUGCUCAUGGUAUCAAUCUUCCUCUCUCUACAAAAGUUAUCAUAAUACCUGCUGGCUCUGGGAGCCAAAAGUCUGAAGGCAGGAAGAGUAGAAGUAACAGCAGCCAAGAUGAGAAAUCAGUUGUGGACAAAUCAAAAGUGUUGAAUCAAGAUCUUAAUCAUCCUUCCAGCAGUUCUGAAAAAAUGUGGUCCUGCAAUACGUGUGACAAACAAUUCCGUAACAAUAUUUCUCUUGUUCAUCACAUGCAAUUGCAUACAGGAGAACAGCCUUUUUCUUGUACAAGUGACCAUGGUGGUUUGCUGGUGUCUUCCACUGGAUGGAUGAUUGAAGAAGGGGUGUUUUUGCUUGGAAUGGUGGUUCAGAUAGGAUUCUCUAUAAAGGUCAACCAUGCCACAAAAACACUCAUACCUUAA